UCUCUAGCUCUCUCAGUCUCUCUCUUCCUCUCCUCUCUAAUACAACUUUUGCAGGAGCCUCCCCUCACCCCGCCGACCCAACAGAGACAGCCAGCCAGACAUGUUGAGCUGAGAGCUUAGGGGGAUCGCUCCAGUCCCCCUUCCCCGCCCCCCAAAAAUCCCAAGUCUGGGGGCCCCUCCAACCACCCACACACCCCUCCCCACUUGACCUGUUCACUGUGCAUCGACCCCCCCUCCCCUGUCCUCCCCUCCCCCUUCCUCCCCCCCCUCCGGCAUCUUCUAUUUUUGCUUCUUUGGCUGCUGCCGGUGUGCUGUUUCUGUUUUAUGGAGGGCUCUGUGGGUAUUCCCCCCCCUCGAUGAAUUGAAGGAGCUAUGCGGGAGGCUGCUGGCCGCUUCGGCUGUACCGAGGAGAGAGACAGGCUCAAGAUGGCAGAUUUCUAUUGAGUUUAACCGGGGAGGGGGCUGAAAUCCUGCUUCAUUUAUCUUUCGUUGCCAUGAAUAACAGACAUCCUUGCACCCAUGGCCCCAAUGUACGAAGGUAUGGCCUCACAUGUGCAAGUUUUCUCCCCUCACACCCUUCAAUCAAGUGCCUUCUGUAGUGUGAAGAAACUGAAAGUGGAACCAAGUUCUAACUGGGAUAUGACUGGGUACGGCACACAUAGCAAAGUCUACAGUCAAAGCAAGAACGUGCAAUCCUCCCAAGCAGCUGCCACCAUCAACGCCUCUCUCCAGAUUCCCAACCCCAGCAUCCCUUACGAGCAGACCAUCAUCUUCCCAGCCAGCACGGGGCACAUUGUGGUGACAUCUGCCAACAGCACCUCUGGUGUGGUUGCAGUAUCUGGGCAAGCAUUGGGUGGACCACACAACCUGAUGCGUCGAAGCACUGUGAGCCUUUUGGACACCUACCAAAAAUGUGGACUUAAGCGCAAGAGUGAGGAAAUUGAGAACACAAGCAGCGUUCAGAUUAUUGAAGAGCAUCCGCCAAUGAUUCAGAACAAUGCCAGUGGGGCCACGGUAGCCACCACAACCACAUCCACUGCCACAUCCAAAAACAGUGGCUCCAACAGUGAAGGGGAUUACCAGCUGGUGCAACAUGAAGUGCUGUGUUCCAUGACCAACACGUACGAAGUAUUAGAAUUUCUUGGCCGCGGAACCUUUGGGCAAGUGGUCAAAUGCUGGAAACGUGGCACCAAUGAAAUUGUAGCCAUCAAGAUCCUUAAAAACCAUCCUUCUUAUGCCCGGCAAGGUCAAAUUGAAGUGAGCAUCCUGGCCCGGUUAAGCACGGAAAGCGCAGAUGAUUACAACUUUGUCCGAGCCUAUGAAUGUUUCCAGCACAAGAACCACACCUGCUUGGUCUUUGAAAUGUUGGAACAGAACCUUUAUGAUUUCCUAAAGCAAAACAAAUUCAGCCCAUUGCCCCUUAAAUACAUCCGGCCAAUCCUGCAGCAGGUAGCCACAGCUCUUAUGAAACUGAAAAGCCUGGGCUUGAUUCAUGCAGACCUCAAGCCAGAAAACAUCAUGUUGGUGGAUCCAUCUCGGCAGCCAUACAGGGUCAAGGUUAUAGACUUUGGUUCUGCUAGUCAUGUGUCAAAGGCUGUGUGUUCAACUUACCUUCAGUCCAGAUAUUACAGAGCCCCUGAAAUCAUCCUCGGUUUACCCUUCUGUGAAGCAAUUGACAUGUGGUCUCUGGGAUGUGUAAUUGCAGAACUUUUCUUGGGCUGGCCAUUAUAUCCAGGAGCAUCAGAGUAUGAUCAGAUCCGAUAUAUUUCACAGACGCAGGGCUUGCCAGCUGAGUAUUUAUUAAGUGCAGGGACAAAGACAACAAGGUUUUUCAACAGAGAUACAGAUUCGCCAUAUCCACUGUGGAGGCUAAAGACACCAGAUGAUCAUGAGGCAGAGACGGGGAUCAAGUCAAAAGAAGCAAGGAAGUAUAUUUUCAAUUGCUUGGAUGAUAUGGCACAGGUAAAUAUGACAACAGACUUGGAAGGCAGCGAUAUGUUGGUCGAAAAGGCAGAUCGGCGGGAGUUCAUAGAUCUGUUAAAGAAGAUGUUGACGAUAGAUGCGGAUAAGAGGAUAACGCCGAUUGAAACGCUCAACCACCCAUUUGUCACCAUGACACACUUGCUUGACUUCCCCCAUAGCACCCAUGUCAAGUCCUGUUUCCAAAACAUGGAGAUUUGCAAGCGACGGGUGAACAUGUACGACACAGUGAAUCAGAGCAAGACACCAUUCAUCACUCAUGUGGCCCCAAGCACAUCAACCAACCUAACUAUGACCUUCAACAACCAGCUCAAUACAGUUCAUAACCAGGCCACCAGCCUGGCUCCCACCUCCACCACCAGUGCCACUAUAUCCUUAGCCAACCCUGAAGUCUCCAUACUAAACUACCAAUCUGCACUCUACCAGCCCUCGGCAGCAUCCAUGGCCGCGGUGGCCCAGAGGAGUGUCCCCCUGCAGACAGGGACUGCGCAGAUAUGUGCUCGCCCCGACCCCUUCCAGCAAGCCCUCAUUGUAUGUCCUCCAGGCUUCCAAGGUUUACAAACUUCCCCUUCAAAGCAUGCUGGGUAUUCUGUCCGGAUGGAGAAUGCUGUUCCAAUAGUCACUCAGGCUCCUGGGGCUCAGCCCCUUCAGAUUCAGCCAGGACUUUUAGCACAGCAAGCCUGGCCUAGUGGUACUCAGCAAAUUCUGCUCCCUCCAGCUUGGCAGCAGCUGACUGGGGUAGCCACCCACACCUCAGUCCAGCAUGCAACUGUAAUCCCGGAUACCAUGGCAGGGACCCAGCCCCUGGCAGAUUGGAGAAAUGCGCAUGCUCAUGGCAGCCAUUACAAUCCCAUCAUGCAACAGCCUGCACUUUUAGCCAGUCACGUCACCCUUCCAGCAGCCCAGCCCUUAAAUGUGGGUGUAGCUCAUGUAAUGAGGCAACAACCAACCAGCACCACCUCCUCUAGGAAGAAUAAACAACACCAGUCAUCAGCAAGAAAUAUGUCCAACUUCGAGGUGUCCUCCUCUCAGACGAUCAGUUCCCCACAGCGGUCUAAGCGAGUAAAGGAGAACACCCCCCCUCGCUGUGCCAUGGUGCACAACAGCCCUGCCUGUAGCACCUCUGUCACAUGCGGGUGGGGUGAUGGGGCUUCCAGUACUACACGGGAGCGGCAGCGGCAGACGAUAGUCAUCCCUGACACACCCAGCCCUGCAGUCAGUGUUAUCACUAUCAGCAGCGACACUGAUGAGGAGGAAGAGCAGAAACACCCACCCCCCAGCCCCCUGUCUAAGCAAAGGAAAAACGUCAUCAGCUGUGUAACUGUGCAUGAUUCCCCUUACUCUGAUUCUUCCGGCAACAAUAGUCCCUAUGCUGUGCAGCACCGAGGAGCAAACAAUAAUGGAAACAACUACGAUACGAAAGGCGCCCCAGAGUCGCAUUGCAAUGGGAAUCCCAGGACGAUCAUUGUGCCGCCACUGAAAACCCAGGCCAGCGAGGUGUUAGUAGAAUGUGACAGCUUGGCACCAGUCACCACCAGUCACCACUCAUCCUCCUACAAGUCGAAGUCCUCCAGCAUCGUGACCUCCACCAGUGGUCACUCUUCAGGGAGCUCGUCUGGAGCCAUUGCCUAUCGGCAGCAGCGGCCAGGGCCACACUUCCAGCAGCAGCAGCCUCUGAAUCUCAGCCAGGCACAGCAGCACAUUGUGACGGAUCGCACAGGGAGUCACCGGCGACAGCAAGCCUACAUCACUCCAACAAUUGCUCAGGCUCCAUAUUCCUUCCCACACAACAGCCCCAGCCACGGUGCAGUCCACCCCCACCUGGCUGCGGCUGCAGCUGCUCACCUCCCUACUCAGCCUCAUCUCUACACGUACACUGCACCUGCUGCUCUGGGCUCCACAGGGACUGUGGCCCAUUUGGUGGCUUCUCAAGGGUCAGUGCGUCAUGCUGUACAGCACACUACGUACCCAGCCAGCAUCGUCCACCAGGUUCCCGUCAGCAUGGGCCCUCGGGUCCUUCCAUCGCCCACGAUCCACCCAAGUCAGUAUCAGGCGCAGUUUGCCCACCAGACCUAUAUCAGUGCAUCUCCAGCCUCUGUCUACACUGGAUACCCCCUGAGCCCCACCAAGGUCAACCAGUACCCUUACAUCUAAAACACUGGAAUGAGGAAAAGACAAUGGCACAGACGGAGGGGAAACCAAGGCUGCUUUUAUACUGAAGGACAUAACAGGCAAACAAACAAUGCAACGGGAGGCUCAAAUCUAAACUUGAACAGAGGAGACUUUGAGGAAGAAAUGAGAGAAAAGAAGAGGGAAGUCAAAACCAGUCCUACACUUUUUAUUUAAAAAAAAAAGAAAAAGAACAGAAAAAAAGAUAAAAAGAACGGAAAACAAAAAUACAAAAAAAUUUCUGCACCAAACUUCAUAGUGGGAGAAGCAGAAGGACCAUUGUUGUCUGGUCCUGUUUUUGGAUAACUUCACCAAUAGACUUUUACAGAUUAUUUUCAUCUGACUACAUUUAGGAAUUUGCUGUUCAAACCUCCUAAUACCAAGUUUCAUAGGUGUUUGGGUAUUUUUUUUAAAUUAAAGAAGCAUACAAAUUAGGGAUUUAUCCAGAAUUUCAAAAGGGUUAUCACUUUGUCAUUGCACUGGUUGCUGUAACCCAAAAUAAAGAAACAAUGAAAAGUGUGACGUGUUUUCUGUUGGGAGAAUAAAGAGAGGGACAAGCACAGGAUGAGAGAUGUUUGGAUUGUUCCAGCUCUCUCAUUGACAGGCUUAGCAGCAUUGGUAAGUUAGAAACACGCACACACUAAGCAGAAAACACUAUUGGGCAAAAUUGGGCAAUGGGGAUAUUUGUUCUUUCUCUGAGCACCCUGGAUAAAUCCCUGAGAAAUACUAUUCUGAAAAGAAAAAAACCCUUUAAUAAUGUACAAUAGAAUCUCAUCUUCCUUACUUGGAAAUACUUUUCUUUCUUUUUUUGAAUAACCCUUCACCAUUUGCAGUCCAAUCCUAAUCAUUUCCUGCUCCAGCAGAUAAAUGCAUAUGAUGGACAGUGCUGAUAGCUAACCCAUCACAGCGUCACAAAGCAUGGCAUCAUGCUAACGUUGCUGUAACCUUGUAUCCAAUCUUGUGAGCAGAUACACAAACCCAAAUGUUUAGGAUUGGUCUGUUAGUGUAGGAUAGUUCUAGCUGGUCCUCGAUAGAAUGUAGCACUAUGCCAUGCAUACACCUUUUUUUCUACUUUGUGUUAAAUUCCAAUGAUACCAAUAGACUAUUCCUCAAUGUGAUUGCACAAAAAAGUGAUAUAACAUAGGCAUGUAACAAAUGUGAUUGUCCAGGUAUAUGUGUGUGUGCGUGUGUGUGUGUGUGUGUGCGCAUGUGCGCGCUGAUGCUGCCUUCUCUUGUGGUGUGGUCCUCAGCACAGCCAUUACAAACUGUCACAGUCUUAGUUUUACAUCAUUCCCUUGUAGUGCCUUACCAAACUACAGUUGCGGUUUUAAGGGUUUACUUCCACUGGUACUCCUAGAAACUGACUGAGGCUGGUUGGAAUUUAAUCUCAACUCUUUUUUUUGUCUAUUGACUGUUCUUUUAAUAUUGGUUUUCUUCUUAUAGCCUGUUUUGUUUUGUUUUGUUUUAUAUCAUCUUCUUGGGGUAAGUUGCAAAGGUCAGUGGAGGGCCGUGAUUUUUGACUGGAAUGGAAAAAUGGGCAUGAAAAUGACUGGACUGGUUCUUAGCCCAAAAGCAGCUUUCCAUAUGGUUCCAUUUUGUUGACAGAGUUGAUUGAACAUCCUAUCAGGAUGCUCAGUGUCCCCAAUUCUUGACAGUUUAGUAUUCUUACAAAUAUAAAUAGAAUAGGGAGCCCCCAGUCUUGCUUUGGAUCAAAAAUACGUAAUACCUCAUGUUAAAUGGCUAUGUCUGAACUGGGGAUGUGGGGGGAGAUGAUUAGCUGGGACGGACUAUAUAUAUAUAUUAAAUGGAACGCUUUCAGUGAGAAAAGAAAAAAGAGAAUGAAAGGAUUAGUUCCAGAGCAUUAGACUCAGGUUUGCUCCAGAAACUAUUUUUCUGGAGAAGCGCUUGCACUGGCACCUGCACAGGCUGGGCAGCUGCAUAAGCCUCCAGCACUACCUUGGACUGGGUUACGUGACCUUUCCAAGAGGCCUGAGCCCAAUUUCCAGUGGUAGGGGUUUGAUCAUUUCUAGGUGGCUUAUCCUGAAGAUCCAAUGUCUAUGAAAUCCCGUAGCUAGGCCUGACUUGGAGUCACCAUGAUGAGAGGCAUCAUGGUUUCGAUGGUGCUUUCUUUACUUCCUCCCACCUCAUUCUUACUGUGGAUUUUUUUAAAAAAAUCAUUGUUCAGAUUUGCUGUCUGGACUCUAUCCUCAGCUCCAAAUAAUCUGAACUGUCUUGUUUUUUGUAAAAGAAAACAAAACAAAUCAGAUUUCCAAAGAGAAGUUUUUGUACAAUGAAAAACGUUAAAAGAGUUAGAGGGAAAUCUUACUGCUACACCAAUGCAAGUGGGUGCUUUUUUGUCAGUGCUUAAUAUUGUCAUUGUUGUUGUGUUUCCUGUGGAGAUUUACUUGUAUUGGUGGUCUGAGGCCUGCCUGCAUAGCCACUCAAUACCGCUGCAGCUGUAUUUGUGACUUCAGAAAUGGAGCGUUUAGGCAAUAUGGUAAGAUGUUGGGAUAUGGCAGGUCAAUUAGCUGAGAGAAGAGGGAGGGAUCCCAGGUGUGGUUAAGGCGAAAAGGUUUCUCAAGAAGUAAGUUGGCAAGAAAGACAAGCACAGUUGAAAUAUCUGGAAGUUGUCACUCAUGCUUUGCCUGGAGGGAGCAAAGAAAAACUCUCGCCAUGAAUACUUUAGUUGGACACAAUUAUUUUUCUGUGGCAAACCCUCAUAUAAAACCUCUCUUUUUGGAAUUUUCAAAUGAAGCACCAUUUGAUUUUUCUGUUUUUUCCCUUCGCCCCCUAAACAUAGUGAUGUAAAUCCUAACCUUUCAUUGGUUCGUGCACCUUACACCAAAACCUUUCUAGUUCCUAUCCUGUUACAGAGAUUUUUUCCACUUUCUCAGAGUAGUAUUACUACAUUCCUCUCCUAUCCUAUCACAUCUAGAGGGGAAGCUUCACGCUGUUUGUGUCAUUGAGAGGAAGAAUAUUGUUAUGUUGUUGUUGUAUUCUUGUUAUUAAUUUUUAUAUAAUUAUGUUUUACUCUUUGUUUUCAUUGCACAUGCAUUCCUGCAUCUUUAUUUUAUUAUUAUCUUCUCUGAAUAGGGGAUUGAGUAUUAUUUAAGGGGGGGUUCUGUGUCAGUGGCAUCAGAAUGCUUGUUACACGUGUAGGUUUCACAGGGAAAGGGAGACACAGGGAUAUUCUGGUUGAGAAACUUGUGUACUGUAGAUCACAUGAAGGAGGAAGCAAGAUUAUAAAGUAAGUUCAGAUGUAGCAGGAAACCAUAAUUUCCCAUUAAGAGAUUGAGCUAUGGCAAGUAUUGGGCUCUCAUGCUCCCUCUUCCUUAUUUCUUUUUCACAUAAGCAAAGAAAAGCUCAGAAGCAUUUGCUUCCUUUUAAAAUUAACUGAAAUUCUCCAUGAUGUUUGAACACUGGGAACUAUGGUUUGUCGAAACUGCAGCCAAUGAGAACAAGCCAGGAUCUAAAACCAUGUUUUGAUUCUGGCCUGUUCUUGCUAACCAUAGUUUAAUCAAGUUUCAGUUCCCUAAGUUUGGGCAUAAUAAGGAAUUGUAGUUAAACACCAGAAACAGUUGUUUCUAAUCUCCUCUUUUGGGGCAUGAAAGAAGAGGAGAGGGGGAAGGAAGAGUGUGUGAACCCAAGGUUUGCUGCAGCCCACUCACAUGGCAGGAAAUCAUGAUUUCAUAUUAGGUCUUCACCAUGCCAUAUUGUGACUAUUACACAAUGGCAAACCUUCACAGUUUCUGAUACCUUCAUGCAGUACCUUCAUGUUUUUAGAAGUGUGGUAUUUUAGGCACAAACUAAACAACUACCAGCUUCACAAUUGGAUUUAAGAAGGAUACUGGGAUCGUGGAGACACUUUGAUCUUGUGUUGUAGGGGUUAAUGUCUGAUAAGUUGCUAUGAUAUUAAAUUGCAACCCUUAAUGGUCUUGCGGUGCCCCCUCUUGAGAUGGCCAUCUGCAGUACUUCAAGAUGUGGUAAGCCAACUCUGCUGUGUUUGAGGGCCUUCCUGCUCAUUCUACUGAGUGGGCUGCCCCAAAGUCCUGCCCUGAAGGCACCACUGUUUGAAGGCUUUUCAAUCCUGCAAUAAACACAAGGUGUGAGUGUUUGUAGUUAACUUUUCUACUUUAAAAAAGCCAAUGGGGAGGUUCCACAGUGUCAGUCAAGAAGUGACUGAAGCUGUUGGCUGCUGGAAACUGAAGAACUCAAGAAAAUGAGUAUAAGGCAUGGUUGUCUGUUCUAUCUUUAUUGUUGCUCAAGAUUAAAAGCUUAAUUGUGUGGCCAAAAUAGUUUGCAUUUCUUCCCAAUGUAUCUAAUAUUUUCCCUUCAUAAUUCAUUCUUAUGGAUACUUGUAAUGUUUCAAAGUUUUGCUAGUUGUACACAAAUAUGAUAUUUAUAUUUUUAAGAACCUCCACCCUAUUCUCUUUUUUCACACUCAGUGUUGAUUCUCUUCUGCAGGAUAUUAUCUGGCAGAACAUGUUCUUAAAGUGUACCAUUAUGACAUAUUUGACGAAUUAAUCACUGGUUUAUCAGGAAUGCAUACAAUUGGCUGAAUUGUGGCAAGAAAGGAUUGGUUUUAAUUAUGCAAACUUAAUUAUGCAAACUUAAUUAUGUUUUAUUUAUAUAUCUUUUUCAUGUAUAUGCACACCGUUUUCAGUAUAGAAUGAUUCUGAUUAUAUAGAACAGGAGACUGAAGGGCUUUUGAUGUGGAGGCAAAAAAUUCAUAGACGGUGCAAGUGUGUUUCUUCCUUUUGGGAAAAAGACUGGUUGUAAAUCCUACCAUGGUCAGAGGGUGGAAUAGUUUAGAGGCCAGAGUGAAUGAGGAAGUAGCUAAUUCAAGCAUUCAGAAAUGAAAUUGACAUUUGUUAGACCAAGGAAGAACUUUUCUUCUAGGGAAGGAGAUGCAAAUAGUGCUUUUCUGAACUCCUUUUAAAACAUAAAUGUAGUAAAGCACUAUGAGGAUGAAGGGAAGGAAGACUAUCUUUCAUAAGGGAACAGCGGGAUGCUUAGCAGCAUAAGGUUGGUGUUACAUGGGCAAGAACGAGCAGCAGUAGGUGAAUCGUUUAGCUUGCUGUAGGCAACUGGGGGGGCAGGAUAUUGUUGUGUUUGGGGCAUGUUCUUUGGAGUUUUUUGUGAAUCUAUGGAGAAGGAUGCCUAAAACCUGUAAGAGGAAGUGCCUGUUUAAUAACAGUGUCAUAGCAGUACUUGGAUGCAGCAGUAAGAAAACUAUAGUUGCAAUCUAGACAUGCUUAUCUGGAAGGGAGUCCAGUUGAACUCAACGUGGCUUAUUUCUGAGUAGGCGUCUAUAGGAGUGCACAGUAAAACCGCUACCGCAUCUCAGAGAAGAAAUGGUUUCAUUGUGGCCAACUUUGGAAGGAAGAGGCCUAUAAAAUGAAGUAGGUUGUUGCCCUCAGAAGUGUACCAAUUCAUGUUUGCUCAACAGUAUACUGUCCAUUCACCAUAGCAGUUUCCGUAUGUAGGAAGGAGGUAGAGAUUAUUUUUAUUUUGCGGUCCUUAACAGUUUGUACCUGUUCCAAAUGAUGAUAUGCAAUGGAGGAGCACUUCCUUAACAAAAGGAAACAGUGCAACGGAAGAUCUGGAUUGUUUUGUUUUGUUUUGUUUUUCAAAUCUUUUAUCAAUUAACAACACAAUCCUAUGCAUGUCUACUCAGAAGUAAGUUCUGCUGAGUUCAAUGGGGCUUACUGCCACGUAAGUGGGUAUAGAACUACAGCCUAAAAGCCAUUGUUUUGAAGAAGUACUUCCAGUUUCAGUGAACUUGCAUCUACCAUAACUAUUUUCAUUUUCCCACCCCAUCGCACUGCACCCCUCAUAUUACCUCACAGGCCAACAAAGGAAUACUUCUGUCUCUGAUCAUUUUGUUUCAUAUAUUCUUAAGGGAGUAUGCCUCAGAAUUUGGCUUGAAAUAAAUUUAUGGUUUACCAAACUUGAAAGAAAAUUAAAACCUGCCUUUCUUUAACCAAAGAAAAUAUAAAACAAGAUGAAUAGAUGUGUUGAGAAAGGAGAAGACUAUGUCUCUGCCCAUUAAAGAAUCCAGGCACAUGUGACUUUUUGAAUAAGACAUUAUAUGGAAUAUCAUCUUUCUUUCUGCUCUUUCAGUUUUGUCACCCUUUCCCCCCUUGAAAUUCGCAUUUGAAGACGUUUGCUUGGGAGAAUUCAGUCAUAUUCACUGCUGCUGUGCUAAACAUUGAAGGAUGUCUAAAAGAAGGGGAGACAAAAGCUUUUGUUUAUUUUAUGGGAAAUCAAUUAAAAUGUAUUUUAUUAUCCAUAGCAACAGUAUAGCAUAGAAACUCAGUGAGUUGCCCAAUGGAGUAGGCUUUUGCAGGUUCUUUGUGUUUCUGUAAUGUGUGACUUCCAUGCCUUAGUAACUGGCAUCUGCAUGUCUGGGUCAGACUUGGUGCAGCCCUGAAAGCUAAGUGCAAGGUUAAACAAACUACAGGAGAUCUGUAGGUAAAAUGCCCUCCAGCCCCACAAAGGUGGGUUCUUUAGUGCCUAGGGAUCAAAUCCUGUUUUCUGGAUCAAGAUCUGCUCUUCACUAAAUUCACUGGAGAAAGAAGUCCUUUUCUACUCUGCCAAUUUUGGCAAUGCCCUCAAGAAUGCUUACUGUGACCCACUCUAGCCCUCAUCCAAUAGGUUGGGUUUCAGGCCAGUAAGCGUAAAUACUCAUGGACUCCUGCUGCUGCUAUAGAAAUCCCUCUGGUCCUCUCUAGAGACAACUCCUCUCUGGGGAUGAUGGUAGCUGUAGGCCAAGCAGGUUGGCGAAUGCUAGUGUGGGUCAUGUGGUAUCCUCUGGGUUUUUCUGUAUUUGACUUUGUUUGGUCUUUAUGCCUGCAGUGGGCAGUGGGAGAGACAGGAUGAGGCUCACUUGAGCCAUCCUUCCAAUUCUCAAUCUGUCUUACCCUGUGCCUCAUUCUGUCUUACUGUAUCUUAUCCUGUUGUAUAAACGCCUGGUACAUAAGCUCAGACUUUCUUGAUUCAAACGUGUCAAUCAAAUUGAGCAAAGUGCCCCUCAUCCUACAAGGCUUGUAAAGUACUCUGUACUACAAGGACAUAAUUAUGUGUUCUUGUGUUCCAGGCCAUUGCUGCAAUAUUUUUGGUGAGGCAAGGCUUUCUUUGUGCUGCUCUAGUAUUGGGCCAUGAUGAGUGAUCAUUGAGAAAUGGCUUUCUGAGUAUUCUGCUGUGUUCUGCCAUCAUGUUGGGUGACUGGAUUGCAUUGUAGCUUUGAUUUAAGUCAUGCCAUUGUAAGGGUAGGAUUCAUAUCAGUUGGCUAAAAACUUUGGCUUCCUUCUGCAGAUACAUAUUCCAUGAUUCUAUGUGGAGAAUUCCACAUGGGUAUACUUGUGUACUUGCCGGGUGUCAUGUGUGCAGGAUUUUUCAAGCUGGGUAACAAAAGAGCGAUACCAGUGAAUGUAAAACAAACAAAAAAACCUUAUAGCAGAAGGAAACACAUAUGUAGCAAAUAUGUCCUUUUGAGUGGGCAAUUAGCAAAAGUUGUCAGGAGCCUCCGAUACCUUGUUUUUUCUGAAUAUAGCAAAUAAGAGUGAAACUCUCGUGUCUUAUGUACGGGUUAGUAUUGUCCUUCCAGUUUUAGCAGUGCUGCUAUACCAGAUUUUUCAUGUGCAUAUUAAGAAAAGAAUAGUUGUAUGUUAAUCCUUUGCUUAAUGUAGUUAAACCAAGAAAGGCAAUACUAAAAGCAUAUUUUUUCCAAAUAUGAUAUUUUUACUGCACUGAUAAAAAUUGUGGCAUCUCUAAUUCUAACUCUUCAGCUGUUGGGGAAGCUCUGUGUCGGUUCACACAAAUACUUGUGUGUGAAUGGUACCUAUAGGCCUCUCCUUCCUUCUUUCCUGAAAGAGGUGGGGCAACACUGCUGAAAGCAAAUGAAAUGUUUCUCCCACUUUCAGGACAAAGCCAAGGACUUAACUAAGGUGCUGGGAUGGAGCUGAUAAUAACAAGAGUUUUUUUUUUAAGCUAGUACGUUUUGAGGAAGUUUGAAAUACCUUGGUCUGGAAUUUCUGUUAGAAAAUAUAUGUAUUUGCCAUCCAUCUUAUCUUUUUAAUUUUACACUAUUGUAUUUUUACUUUUUGCUUGUUUGCUAUGGUUGUAGAGUAGUCUAUCUGUGUUCUAGAUGUUUCUUGACUUUCUAGUGCUCACUGACUCCAUUGGAAGCAAACCCACCUGAGCAGGAUUCUAGAUUCUGGUUGGUUCAACUAGGAUUCUAAAAUCCUGACAGUACACUUUGUUUUAUAAAUAAAGAAGGAUUAAAAUAUUUCUCUUACAAAAACUGUGACCUAAUGGCAAUAAUUACCUCAAAUGUGGGCAUUCAUCUUGGUUUUAGCCUUUAAAACAAAACAAAAACAUGUAGCCACUUGAAUUUGGGUUUUUUUUAAAACAAAAAAAUUAUAAAUGCCCACCCUGGUCAUUGUUGCUUUGAGUGAUUCUUUAAAAAUAAAAUGAUGAAACCAAGGAUUAAAUUACUAUUUUAUGUAUUUUAAUUAAUUGUGAUGUUGAAAUGCACAUGUAAGUAUAUAUGUUCAUAGCUACUGUAAAGUGCUUCGGCCUUCUCAAAGAUAUGUAAUGAAUCACAUUUUAAACUAAUAUGAACUGAACAACAGACUGUGGCUACUAAACAUUUUCUGGCUACAUUUUAUAGUUAUAGUGUUUUAUAGUUUACAUUGAAACUGGUACUUUCUAACUAAAUGUUCUGUUCCGUUUUAAUUAUAACUUCAGAAUCUCAACACUGCAAUCCCUCUAACAUUUUUAUUUUGCUCGUUUAAAAAACAGAAGUAAAACUGUCUUCAAUAUGUUCAUUCUGUUCUGAGAUAUAACAUAGUAGUAGAAGGUCUGAUCAGAUAAUUCCAAAGUUAAGGAGAGAAAAUCACUCCAUACAUGCUGAAAGCAUAGCAAGUAGAGCCCAACAGAUGACCUAUUAUUUUUUAAUUAAAGAAAUAUUGAAACUCUUGGGGAUGAAUCAGGAAGCACAAUAAUUCCCACCCAGCUAUUUCAUUUAGGCUGCCAUCCUAAGCACACUUACCAGGGAGUAAGCCCCAACCAACAUAAUGAGACUUACUUCUGAGUAAAUAAGUGCGGGAUUAUACUGCUGAAAUCUGAAUCUGAACGGAAAUACCUGUAUCAUGGAACAAGGGGUAUUCAGAGCAAGUCAUGUAUUGUAUAGCCUAAUUCACACACAGAUCAGUAAUUGUGUGGGUUUAGCAGCUCUAUAAUCAUGUGAAGCAGAAUCAUCUGCUUACAAUUAUCUUGUUAAAAUGGCGAUCAUGGAUCUCAGAUGUAUUAUGCAUUUACCUUUGCCUGAAAAUUUUGGAAGCACUUGAUCUGUCUCAUCCCACACCCCAGGGUUGAUCAAUUGGCAGCUACAUCCAUGGAAAUUUCACAAUGCAGGACUAGUCCUUAGUACCCCAUGCACAUGAGCCCCAGUAAGGAAACCUAUGAAUAAGUCCUCAAGUACUGAGAAACAAUAAUAGGUAGUGCUAUAUAAUUCUGUAAUCAUGAGGUUUAUCUCAUAUACUAGUUGCUCUAAAGCCACUUUGAACCCUUAAACUAAAUAUAAAGAACUUGACCAGCGCCUUGUAAAUUUAAUUUGCCUGUUAGUCAAUGAUAGUUUAUUGGAUAGUUUCCAUAUGAUCAAUUGUUGUGAACGACAUGUUUGGCUGUAAAGGGUCUUUUGGUUUCUUUUCCUUUUCUCUGAGUGUGACUUGUACCGUAUCUGUUUAUAUGUGUUUUUCUUUUCUUUUUACUGUCAAGCAACCAAUGAAUGGAAAUGUUCUGCUGGACAAAAAGGUAUUUUUAGACAGUAAAUAUACAGGAACUGGCACAAAAAUAUUUUUAUCUGAACAGCUGGGCUUCAUUGUGGAGCUGACAGUCUCAGCAAAGUUCCUUAUUUAACAUUGUUUGGCUGCACUAGCAGAGUAAUGAGUUAGAAGGAAAAGGGAGAAAUGCCCCUGUUGAAAUCUGCAUUCCCACUGGGUUCAGUGGGAGCCCUCCAGCCCCUUCACCAAAUCCAUUUAAUACCAUAGUUCACGUUAGCAAAGUGAACUUGGCAUGUGGCUGUGUCGCCAUUUUGAAAGCCUAAUGGGGAGGCCUGUUAGGAAUGCAGUCCUUACGGGAACUGGACGAGGUUGGCUUCCAUAGCUGUUAGGCACAGUUGACAGCAACUAACCCUUUUAAUGCCCUUAGCAAGCACUUGCUCUUCCUUUUAUAUCAAAGCCAGGCCUGGAAAUAUCACCAUGCCCCAUUGCAGGAGCUAUAAGUUUUCCUUCUAAACCUUGGGCUUGGAGUCUGUAAAGCACAAAGGCAUUUUUAACAUAGCAGAUCCAUUUUCCUUAGAAUCUGCAUAGUUAUAGAUACAGGUGCUAUUAAGGGAAAGGGAAAUACAGCCUUCCAUGCUUCCACUUUGUGGUGGUUACAAGCAACACUUCUAUCUUUUUCUCUAUUCAGUUGGGAUUUCUCUUUUUGAAGUGAUGUUGCCAUAGGCUAUUCCACAGCGCAGCUAACUGAGGCGCAGAAAGUAUCUCCUCAUCCAUUGUGCUUCACCAGCUAAGUAAAAAUAAAAAACGAGGCACUUUCCAGUGCCAAACAUUUUUUAACAGACAGAAUUGGAAUGUGUAAUCUGUAAAUUUUAUACCACAACAAGUUGUUGCUGUUGUUUCUUUCAAAAGGGGAGAAGACAAUAGCUUUAUUAGAAAGGGGAGGAAGAAAGGAGUUAAUCUUGGCAGUUAGAGUCUAUAUUGUGGUAAUUAAAAGAAACAUGGGGGCAGGGGGUGGUAUUUGUGAGUAUUUGGAUCCUUCUGACCCAUAGUCGAAGGGGUGUUUUAUACCUAUUAAUUGUUCAAAGAACCCAAUACGCUCUGAAUGGAAUUAAAAACACAUGCUACAUAAAAACUCAUUUGAGAAUGCAAAAAUCUUGAAAUAUUUCCCACCACAAAGACACCUCCCCACCCUUUCACCUGAUUGAUACUUCUAAGGGUUUUGUUUUUUCUGUAUACAGUAUCAUCUCGGUUCAAAAACCCCAUGAAAGCCCUGAUUGGUUGUAUUCUUUCACUAUAUGGUUCUGUAUUGAGUGUUAAUCCAUGUUAAAACUUCGUGAGAAUUAUUGUGUGCAACAGUAUUUUCUUGUGUAUUGUUUAUUUUUUUCCCUCUUCUGUGAAUUGUCCCUUUUGUUUCCUUUCUUUUUCUGUUCCUUUUGUUAUUUUUUUGUUUUCUUCUGGUAAUGUCUUUGAAAAAAAAACCCAGAAAAGAAACUGACGUGUUGUAGAACUAUAUGUAACCUAUUCCUUAGUCUCAUAUUAUAGGUAUGUUAUAAGAAUGGAUAUUUUACUUGGCUUUAGAAUGUUUUACAAGAAAACUAAUUCUUAACCAAUCAAGUUCUUGCUACUAAAAAAAAAACGCUUGUGUUUUUCAUCAUGACGUUGUGUGCUUUAAUUAAUAAUCAUUUUCGUUGUAGAAAAAUGGAGUGAAUUUAUAUUAGACUUGAAAACUAAUAAUAGCAUUGUAAAUUUAUGAGAUGAUUUUAACAAAAAAAAGCAUUAUAGAAGAAUAUAGUUAUUUUAAUUGUAAUAUUACUAACUGUAGGGUGAGAAAGGGCCCCCCGUUGUGGUGAACUAUGUUAUAGCUUGUUAUUCACAGUUUCUUUUUGAUCAUUUUUUCGGUCUCUGAGGUGAAACGAGUUAUUAAUCAGAAUUUGUAAACUCACAUAUGCAUAUUGUAUAUGUGUAGAAAUGUAAUCACACUUUGUCUUGGAAUUACAUUAAACUGUUUUAAGUCA